GCGCGAAGUCAGUCUCGUCUAAUUCGCCGGGCGGCGCGCGACCCGUCGAUUCUUCCGUCUCUCGUUCCGCUCGCGUACAGGUUAUUACGCAUCCCUCCCUUUGCUCCGAUCUCGCCGACUAUGCCAGAGAAGGUGACGCGUCGCCUCUCGGCCGGCAGCGACCUGUCUGCCGCGCCAAUUGCAUAAGUUGAGGCAAGUGUCGUCGUUGCCAUCAUCAUCGUCGUCGUCGCCGUCGUCAUCGCGCGUGGUCGAUGCGGAGGUGUCGACGACGGCGCGCUCACGAAGCGCCUCCGAGAAUAACGCGGGCCGACGAGAUAACGCGAGCCGGUUGACAGUUGACAGUUGACAGCUGAGCGGAAAAGAGGAAGAGGAGGAGGAGGAGGAGGAGGAGGAGGACACGGUACUCGUGGUGUGGCUUCGUGUCGUCGUGUACGUGUUGUGUGUGCAUGUGUGCGGGCGGCGCGGACCACCCCGGUGUUGAGGAGGACGACGCGGCGGCGGACGCGACGCGACGAUGACGGCGAUGUUGGUGUCGGUUGCGGAGCUGUCCAACAUCUUCUCGGUGCUCGCCGUGCUCAUAUGCUUCUGCGGGGUUUUUCUCUUUAUCAUGAGGAACAUGAUGGUGCUACGCGUCCACGGCGACGACCUGAUGUUCGGCGGGGGCGGUGGAGGUGGUGGCGGGGUGAUAACGCAUUCGCCGCGCAUACCGCAAAUGGAGAUGAUGAAGGUCCACAUCCCCUUCACCUUCAAACUUCACGAGAGCUUCAAGAGCACGUACGCCGAGGUGGAGUGCGAGGUGUCGAGUCAAGUGGAAUACUCGCUGCAGGCGAUCUGGGGCGUUAGCAUCCGGGAGCUGCAUCUGGCACUCUGGAAGCCGUGGAACACCUUGCGGGACGCAUCCCUGAACGGAACCCUUUUACAAGGCCACGCGCAACACCUUACGACGCCGCAAACUAGACAGCCGCAUGGAGAGGAAACGCUGAGAUUGUCGCUUCCGGCGCCGGAACUGGAACUUGGCACUCCGCCACGACUCUGUUAUCCCCUGGUGAUCUUUCUCACCCGAAGAGACAAUCGGGAUCCUCAUCCCGACGAAACCGUGGCACUAGUGAAUGUCGUUCAUAUCAAGGACAGCGUUUGCACGCUACCGACUUCGAUUUUAGCGCAGUACUUGAAGCAGGCGAACGGUCAGCUAUCUUGCUUAAAGCAACUCUACCUAGCCACGGGUAACUCGAGCAACUACGAUGAGAGCGACGCGAUGUCUUCAGGCCUGGGCUCGCCAGCACUCGCGCUCGCCGAGCCCUGCAACAACAACAACAACGGCACCGCUGCCAAUGGCCGCGGCGCCCUAGUAUCGUCCGGCCAGGGUGGCGAUCAAGAGAACGGUUCCCUCUGGAAUACCGCGGGCGAGCAGUUGUGCGUCGUCUGCCAAUACUUCCCGCUGUCGCGUGCCCUGCUACCUUGCCGGCACACUUGCAUCUGCGCCUCGUGCUUCGGCAAGCUCGACCGAUGUCCGAUGUGUCGCAGCCCGAUCAAGAGCUACUUCUGCAUACGCAGCGAGGAGUACAUGCCACCGGAGAAGGAGAUCAACCACUGCAAGCAACGGCAGCCGAGUCACGGGCCCACUCAUUGGCUCCACGAUUGGAACGAUCGACUCACCGAUUUCCUCGGCUUCGCUCGAUAAAGUUGCCCUAUCUGCAAGGUCCCGUAUAGCUUGUAUGUCAAGUGUCAGAAUGGUUAAGAGUCUUUAUUCGAUAGACAAUUUCUACAGGUUUAUUUUCUUCUCCUUUUCUAAAUUCAAGAUAUAAAUAAAUUGUUGAUCGAUAAAACGUAAAGUGCAUUCUUGUUGCGUUUCAUAGAAACGGGAGUGUUUUAUUAUAAAUUGUUGUCUUCUUUUUUAAGUUAAAUU